UAAGACGGCGUCGGGUCUCCGUUAACCAAGACGACCGCACAACCUGCACACCUCUCUCGCCUUCGCUUCCACUCUUCUUGAUAAUAAUUGCCGACGACGCCGAUCGGGUGCCGCGCCGCUCGCUUUCCGCCAUCCCGAUCUGAUCUCGGCCGCCACGGAUCGCCUUCGAAACCCUCGCUCGCGUCGUCGUCGCCUUUUUCUUGAUCUUGUGAUGAGAUCGAUGAGCGCCGGUUCGUUUCCUGUCAUCGCUGGACGCCGGAGCUGAGAUGCGGCCGGAUCCGACGGGAGAUCCCCCAUCGUUCCUGGACGGCCGCUCGAUCCCGGAGUUUGAGGCCCCGGGGCCCCUCCUCUUCCUCCCCUUGCUCUUCAUCCAGGGGGGAGGAAUGGAUCUCUCCAAGGUCGGGGAGAAGAUAAUCAGCUCCGUCCGCUCCGCUAGAUCUCUCGGCCUUCUCCCUUCCUCUUCCGAUCGGCCGGAGGUUCCUGCUCGUGCAGCAGCAGCAGCUGCUGUUGCUCGUGCUCUUGCUGGCACUCCUCCGCAUGAAAAAAUUAGCUUUUUAUCUAGCUCUGAAGUAGUUUCAAUAUAUGGUAGUAGAUCACAAGGUCAAACUAUUGAUGAGCUUGAGGAAGAUUUUUAUGAAGAGGAUUUUGAUCCAGUUAGGUAUGUACUAGAAAAUGUUCCAUCUGAAGAAAGCGAUUCUACAUACUUUGAUAAAAAGUCCACUCUUAGAUUGGCACAACUUGAUAAGAUAGCAGAGCGAUUAUCACGUCAUGUGAUGGAGCACCAUGAAGAGAUGGUGAAGGGGAUGCAAUUAGUGAUGGAGCUGGAGCAAGAUUUAAAAGUGGCAAAUGUCAUCUGCAUGAAUGGGCGAAGGCACUUGACCUCAUCAAUAAAUGAAGUCUCAAGGGAUCUUGUAGUCAAUAAAAAGUCAAGAAAGAAACAAGCUUUACUGGACAUGCUUCCAAUUCUUACAGAACUUCGUCAUUCAUUAGACAUCCAAAUGGAGCUUGAGACUCUUGUUGAAAAUGGAAAAUACUGCCAGGCGUUUCAGUUGUUACCGGAGUAUUUGCAAGUUUUAGAUAAUUAUGCACAGCUUUCUGUUAUUCAAGAGAUGGGUCGUGGAAUAGAGGCCUGGCUAGCAAGGACAAUUCAAAAGCUAGAUUCACAUUUACUAGGUGUUUGCAAGACAUUUGAGGAGGAAAGCUACAUAGUUGCAAUUGAUGCCUAUGCCUUGAUGGGAGAUGUCACUGGUCUUGCUGAGAAAAUUCAGAGUUUCUUUAUGCAAGAAGUUCUAUCUCAAACACAUUCUGUGUUGAAAGCUAUGGUGUAUGAGGAAAUUGGAAAUCUUACACAGACGAGUAGACUCACUUACAGUGACCUCUGCAUCCAAAUACCUGAAUCUCGAUUUCGUCAGUGCUUGUUGAGAACUUUGGAUGUCUUAUUUCGGUUGAUGUGUUCAUACUACUCUAUCAUGAGCUUUCAGCCUGAAGAAAAGGUAAGAAAACGUUUAAAUUCCCAGAAUCGAAAUAUUGACAUGAGGCAAAGUAACACAUCUCAUGACUUGAAAGGAAUCAUAGUUGAUUCAGUGACCAGUGUUCCAAUUGACUCAAUUGAGAAUAGUGAAUGUGCAUCUGUUACUUCUAACCAGGUGGAUGGAUAUGAUGUACCACAUAAGAUAACUGAAGAUCCAGUAACAAUGCCCCAAAGUUAUUGUGGAUUAUCAGCUGAAGCAAGUGAUGCUGAUGGUGCUACUUCAGGCUGCAAUUCUCCCUUCUAUCAGUUGAGAAAAGAUGCCACAGCUUUUGUGGCACACACAUUAGAAAGAGGGAGAAGAAAUGUGUGGCAACUUACAUCAAGUCGUGUCUCUGUCUUGCUGUCUUCCUCUGCUAUUUGCUCAACUAGCACUUACCAAUUCUUGAGAAACUAUGAAGAUCUCAACAUAUUUAUCUUAGCUGGUGAAGCAUUCUGUGGAGCUAAAGCUGUUGAGUUCAGGCAGAAGUUGAAAACUACCUGUGAAAGUUAUCUGGCAUCCUUUCACCGUCAAAAUGUGUAUGCACUUAAGAUGGUCUUGGAAAAGGAAUCUUGGGUGAAAAUGUCAUCAGACAUGCUACAAGUAAUUAAUUUAGCUGGUCUCGUUGGUGAUGGUGCUCCCUUGAUUGCUUCUUCUUUGGGUAAUACAUCCAUGUCUAUGCUUGACUCAAAGAGAACUAAUGACCUUGUUGAUGCUGGCAAGCAGAAGAAUGGGUUUGCUUAUUGGCUUCAGAUGGAAAACCCAUUUUCUUCAAAGCUGGCAUUUGGCUGUAAGGAAUCACCAAGAUCUCACUUACCGCCUAAUGGGUCAAUGACCUCAAGUUCUGGUGAUGGUCGUGUCAUUUUGCAUAGUGAUCAAAUAUCUUCAAAGGGCCAUCUAGAUGAUCACAUAAAUGGAAGCAGUUCGGUCAUGGAAGAUGAGAAUGAAGACCUUCUUGCUGACUUUAUUGAUGAGGAUAGUCAGUUGCCUAGUCGAAUAUCUAAGCCCACACUUGUGAGAACCAAAUCCUCUGGUUGGAGUAGUGAGGAGAUCUCAGCACAGACAGGGUCCUCGCUUUGUCUAUUGAGGUUGAUGGACAAGUAUGCCAGGCUCAUGCAGAAAUUGGAAAUAGUCAGCAUUGAUUUUUUCAAGGGAAUGUGCCAGUUGUUUGGGAUUUUUUAUCAUCAUAUAUUUGAGACAUUUGGUCAACCAGAAACUAGUCAAAGUGGUAAAUCUAUUCCAGACUUUUCGCAAACUCGAGUCAAAACAGCCUUAUCGAAGAUUCUGCAAGAUUGUGAUCAGUGGAUCAGAACCCAAAGCAUGUCAUAUUCAAUCUCAUCUCCUAUUCCAAUGAGCCCAACAUUUACACAGAUGGAAGUAACACCUACAGCACCUCCCAGCACAAUUUUUGGGCAUGUGCCUAAUACUUCCAUUGGACUUAAGGAACGUUGUUCUGCUGUUGACACAAUAUCACUAGUUGCUCAAGUAUUGCAUAGAUCAAAGGCGCAUCUCCAGUCUAUGUUAUUGCAGCAUAAUGCUGCUGUAGUAGAAGAAUUUUUUGUAAAUAUGGUGGACUCUGUUCCUGAUCUGACUGAGCACAUUCACAGAACAACUGCACGUAUGCUUCUUCAUAUUAAUGGGUAUGCAGAUAAGAUUGCUAAUGCAAAAUGGGAGGUCAAGGAGCUUGGCUUAGAGCACAAUGGGUAUGUCGACUUGUUAUUGGGAGAAUUCAAACAUUAUAAAACAAGAUUGAUGCAUGGUGGUAUUUCAAAGGAGGUUCAAGAUCUCCUUCUGGAAUAUGGACUUGAAAAUGUUGCAGAAAUACUUAUUGAAGGUCUAUCACGCGUAAAGAGAUGCACGGAUGAAGGACGGGUUUUAAUGUCACUCGACCUUCAGGUGUUGAUUAAUGGACUACAACAUUUUGUCACCAUAAAUGUGAAGCCAAAGUUGCAGAUAGUGGAAGUGUUUAUCAAGGCCUACUAUCUUCCAGAGACUGAAUAUGUGCAUUGGGCACGUGCUCAUCCGGAAUACAGUAAAAGUCAAAUAAAUGGACUGGUAAACCUUGUUGCCACUAUGAAAGGUUGGAAGAGGAAGACAAGGCUGGAAGUCCUGGAAAGGAUUGAAGCAGGCACAUAACCGUAGGUCUACCAUUUUCCUCGGCAUGUAAAGUUAUAUUUAUUUAUUUUUCUUUUCUUUCAUCUUGUAUAUGUAAGUGAGAUUCUGCUGCUCCUAUUGUUUGCCAGCCCGCCCUAUAUUUCUUUGAACCAUAACCGUGUCAUAACCUCAUUAAACAAAGAGAAGGCACAUCUAAUUCCCGGCUAAACUGCUUGUGCAGAAACACCAUCCUGUCGAAAUUGUAUUUUGGUCAUUUAUAAAAAUAGCAUAUCAUGUGUCAGCACCA